UCAGUCGCCUGGCGAUAAUCAUGGCGAGUAGUUAGAUUAUCGUCGUCGUUUCUCUGCAACUUUUGCUCAUUAAUUUCACAUUCUGCUGCAGUGUCAGUGACUGUGAAACAGAAUUUAGCACAACAAUUUGAUCAAGUUCCUAUUCAUCAUAUAUCUCCUUAGGAAAACAUAUGCGCCUAAAGUCGAUGAGAGGUUAAACGCAAUCUCGAAUCAUAGAGAAAGGGUCUUCCACUUGACCUAAUUUAGAUUCAGUCACUGUGACUUUCCGAUCAUUUCGUGCUUGAUACAUUCCAAAAUCCGACUACUGGAUCUCGCGUCCGUGAACAUUAGAGUGUGUGCUCCGUUAGAUAUACAAGGUGGCUAAAAUAUAGUAAUGAACGGCAAAGAGAAACGUGCUGUAGUCCGAGUGGGAUCUCGGAAAAGCGAGUUGGCCUUAAUACAAACUAAAUAUGUGAUACAAUGCUUAAAAGAAUAUUAUCCAAAAAAAGAAUUUGAAAUAGUUACAAUGUUUACUAAGGGCGAUAAGAUUCUGGACAAAUCUUUACCAAAAAUUGGCGAAAAGUCUCUUUUUACUGAAGAACUAGAACAGGCUUUGGGAGAAGGCAGUCUUGAUUUUGUCGUGCAUUCGUUGAAGGAUUUGCCAACAAUACUGCCAGCGGGAAUGGCUCUGGGCGCGUUAUUGAAACGCGAGGAUCCACGCGAUGCAGUAGUCAUGUCGAAGAAAUUCAAGGAGAAAACGCUCUCUACGUUGCCGAAAGGUAGUGUCAUAGGUACCAGUUCUUUGCGUAGAACCGCGCAGCUAGCUCGAAAUUUGCCUCACUUGAAGGUAGAGAACAUUCGCGGCAAUCUGAAUACCAGAUUGAAAAAAUUGGAUGAUGAAAAGAGCGCUUAUGCUGCGAUAGUACUAGCUGCCGCCGGUUUAAAAAGAAUAGGUUGGAAGGACAGGAUAAGUCAGAUUAUGGAACCUGAAGAAGCUCUCUACGCCGUUGGCCAGGGUGCAUUAGGCGUCGAGUGUCGAGAAUCAGAUUGGGAGACACGUUCUUUAUUAGAACCAUUAUACGAUAUGGAAACUACCUUAAAAUGCGUGUGUGAACGUUCGUUCCUGAAAACUCUCGGUGGCGGGUGUUCCGCGCCCGUCGCAGUGGCUUCGUCUCUGGAAGGAGAAGAAUUAAAAAUCACCGGUGCUGUGUGGUCCCUGGAUGGCCAAACCCUCAUUAAAGAUACCUGCAAAGGUAAACUAUUUAUACCCAAGGACGACGGUGAACCUCCCAGAAAAUGCCCGUACCAAGAACCCCGUCUUUACUGCGGCGUUGUUCCCGGUAGAAUGAAUGCUUUGAGUCUUCAUGGUGCAGAACAACUUGGUAAAGAUUUAGCUAAUAACCUUAUAGAGAAGAAUGCUAUCGACGUCAUGUUGGAAGCUAGGAACACAAUUGCUAAUUCGAAAUAAUUACGUUAGAUAUGUGGUUCAUGAGAUUUAAUUUCUAGAUGCAGGCAUGUAUUCUAGUGAUUAAGUUAAUGUAAAAUGACAAUUGUCGACGAUAAUCUAAAUGUCCCAUACUUCGGAUACGCUCAAUUAAUAGAAUAGUCCAUUUGAGUCAGAGACAAAUUGUAUUAUUUGUAAAUUAAAAACUUAUCAAUAACAAUGUAAAUAAUGUAAUGAACAAUCGUGCAUUUGUUUCUUCGGAAUUCUGUUUGAACGGACGUAUGCAUACGUUAUUUAAUAAUCUGCGUAAAACCUAACUGAAAAUAAAAUAAAUCAUAAUAUCACAAAAUAUUUACUACUGUGGAACUCAUGUAAAUACUUCGAAACUUUUUUAAGCUUAUAGAUACGUCGUGAACAACCGUGCAUUUGUUCUUUUGGAAUUCUAUUUGAGUAGACGUACAUAUACGUUUAUCUGCGUAAAUCCGAAGAAAUAAGAAAUAAAUAUAAUCAUAACAUUGCAAAAUAUUUACUACUGUAAAACUUAUAUAAAUACUUCGGAACUUUUUUAAGUUUGUAGAUGUCGCUGAAAAAUUUUUACAUUUGUACGCUUCUAUUGAAAUGAUUCAACGUGAUAUGGUACCCAUAUUAUGAAGAUUUGUGUGUGCAUAUUUCAUGACUGGUUUUCAUUUUUUAUUGUAUACUUUUUUAUUGUAAAUGAACCAGUGUUACAUGAAAACUCCGUUACUGUUUAAGAUAACUUGGUCCACAUACUGCCAACAUCAAUUGUUUCUAUUUGUAUCACCUCCAUUAGAGACUAAAAUUAUUUUGUGUGUACUUACAGAAUUUAAGAAUUAUAUACCUCACAAAUAUAUGCAUGUCUUUUACAACGUUAAAUUCUAAUUUUGGACUUUUGUUUAAAGAAAAAUAGAUAAAAUGCUGAUGUUUUAAGAUCUUUGAUCAUGUUUUAUGUCUUGAAAUAUUAUCACAUAUAAUGUACAAUGCAGUAUACAACACAAAAUGGUAAAUAGUAUUAUGGCAGGAUAUAAUUUAUAAUUUUAUUUUUAUUUUACAUUGAUUUUAGAUUUUUCUCUUCAUUAACUGCAAACAAAAAAUGUUGUAUUUUGUAAAAUAAAUAAUGCAGGCUAGUUUCAUAUAUGGGAAUCGUUAAAAUUGUAAUUUAUAUGUAUAUGUACAUAUACAUACUGUUAAUGUACAUGUUAAUUAAAGAAACCUCUAUUCUCUCUAUUAUUGACUGUCUUAUUUCGAACUAGUAAGUAUAACUUAUUAGCAUGUUAUAACAUAAUUUCUAAGCAAAUACUCCUUAAAAAUACAGUGAGAUAUUUCUUGCUCAUUUUGUACAAUUCCAAGAUAUAUAUUAUCGUGAUAGAA